CAUUAGUCUCGAAAGUAAUUGAAGUAGUCGUUUGUUUCGGAAGUUCGUGAAUUGCUGAUAUAGCCGUAUUAUUUGCAGGUGCCGAAUAAAAUAGGUGAUCUUGUCGUGUUGCUGCAGUGGUUUCGGACUGAAUGCUAAAAUGGGAUCUAAUUUUGAGAGUGUUUUGGAAAAAGUCGGUGGUUGGGGAAGAUAUCAAAAAAUAGCCGUGCCCCUAAUAUGUUUGAUGUUUGUUCCUCUCGGAUUUUUCGUUUUCACACCGGUUUUUACCUACCAAACUCCUCCACACAGAUGCUUCAUAAAUGGAGUGGACACGGUGGCAGGAAAUGCUACCGCCGAAAUCAAUCACACAGUGCUGGAGUCUUACAUACCAUACAACUUAUCCGAAAAUGGAAAAUCGGAAUUUGCCCGCUGUUCGAGGUUUGUGAUCACCGAAUCCACAUCAUAUUGGUAUGUUAACACAACAACUACACCUGUGUAUCAACAGACCAACACUAUCCGAACAAUGGAAACAUGUCUCGAUGGCUGGAUUUACAUGGACUCAGAAGGUAGAACCAGUGCCACUACCGAGUACAAUCUGGUGUGCGAUGAUGCUUGGAAGAAACCAUUACUUACAUCGGGUUUGAUGAUUGGAUUGUUCCUUGGAAGCAUCAUAUCAGGACCUAUAACCGAUAGGUUUGGAAGAAGAACUACUUGUCUUGUUAACAUGGUAUUAAACAUAGUCUUGGUGAUUGGAUUCAGCUUCAUUUCAUCUUACGAAGCUUUAUUGGUUAUGAUAAUUGCUAUUGGGACAAGCCAAAUAAUUUGGUAUUCUUGUACGUUCGUGUUAGCGCAAGAACUCGUUGACAGAAAACACCGAGCCCUUGUCGCCUGUAUGAUUAACGUUAUAUAUGCAAUUGGAUACAUGCUUCUGCCAGCAGUUGCAUACAUUUUCAAAGAUUGGCGUUGGAUUAUAAGAUCCCUUGGUCUUGGCAGUGCAAUUUUUCUUCCGUACAUUUUCCUCCUUCCGGAAUCGCCGAGGUGGCUUGCUUCACAGGGACGGAUUGAUGAAGCAAUUAAAGUAUUAAAACAAAUUGCAGUAGUAAACGGAGUAGAUCAAACGGUAUUGCAAGACCUAAACACAAACAACAUGGAACUGGUAAUUGAAGGAGUCUCUAUAACGUUUGCCAUGUUGGGUAAAUUUUUUGCUUCGUCGGCAAUGGGAAUUCUGUAUUUAUACACAUCUGAACUGUAUCCUACUCUUCUUCGAAACACUGGCAUCGGAAUCGCAUCAAUGACGUCACGGUUUGGCAGUAUCUGUGCUCCAUUCCUUGUAUUUGCAGGGGAAAAUGGUAGAAGGAAUAUACCUUUUUAUGUUAUGGCGGCUUUGGGAAUAUCAACUGCUGGACUCUGUUUAUUGUUACCAGAAACAAAACAAUCUCCUCUACCCGACACCAUGAAGGAUGCAAUUGAUUUGGAAAAAUUUAGAUUAUUUUUGUCUUCACGAAAAAAGAACCGCAAUGAGAGUCAAGCUGCUUUGACCAAAGGUGACGAAUACGAUGACGUCAUACAUGACUUUGAAGAUGAACAAAGCAAAGCUGUAGAGAUAAAUGUUUAA